ACAAAAACCACGCCAGUUUCACGGGAACCCUCCUGUUCCCACUGGUUUUGGAUGCUCCAGGCUCUUCCCCUCCGUGUUGCCCUUUGCGUUGGUCUCGGUCUUUGUGGCUCGACAAAAGUUUGGGCUGGGUGAGGGGCCGGUGGGCUUUGGCAGCAAUCAGGCUUCUGGGGUGGCGCAGGUGGGUUUUGCAUCACCCUGGCUGUCACCUGUGCACUGUGUUUUUGGGAAGGGUGAACGCUUGCAAGCCCUGAGCUUGGGGUUUUAAGCAAACCGUGUUUCUCAGUGUGUUUCCAGGCAGGGUGCCAGGGCCGUGCCGGCCUCUGCUGCGAUCCGGGAUCCCUGCUCCCAGGCACUGAAGCCCUUUGAUCUGUGUCCCCCGCUGCAAGGGCCGUUUUGCUCUGCUUUUCCCCCUGGAAAUGCUCGGUUUUGGACAGAGGGCUUGGCUUUCAGCUGGCACCAUCAGCCUUUGGGAUUUUCCAGCUGGUCCUCUUUCCCAGCCGCUUUGCUGACCCAAAGAGCCUGAGUUUGGGGUGCAGCUCCUUCCUCUCCAGUACCAUCCUCGGGAUUCAGAGGUUGGUACUUUAACUGGACACACAUUUCUCUGGCUGGCAUCGGGCAGAUGUCUCCUACAAGCCAGACCCUUUGUACCUGCAAACACCACUGCCCGGAGGCUGCGCCAUCCCGCUCCCCUCCGGCCCCGCUGCCUCCGGCUGCCCACACAGGCUUGUUUGUUGUGGAAACCUUGUUUUGGCAGGAGCAGGGUGACACACGAAUGCGAACGGUAGGGAGGAAGUGCUGAAGAAGGGCAGCUGGAGGUUUCUCAGGAGCAUUUCCAAGAGCUGAGUGCGAGUCCUCCCACGGUGCAGCCGGACUCAACACAGAGCAGCGCCUAAUGGUGUUUACAUGAGCACUUGUGAUGCUGCAGACCUAAUUGCCGGUUCUUUUUCCUUUCGUUUUCACUAAAUACCUAAUUGAGUUGCUGAAAGCUCCUCUCUGCAGGCUGGCAGCACCGCUGGGCUGGCACAGCCGCCUGCCCCGGGCCCUGGUCCCACAUUGAGCAAGUGGGGCUGCUCCUGUAGAAUUCAAGUCAUAUGUAAAUAACAGCAGGUCUUAGGAACUGAGUCAUGGUAAGGGUUACUGUAUGCGUGAUAGGACAGAUUUCUUGCUGAGGAUGGCAUUUAUUCCCUCCACCCUGCCUUGUAUGGCUCAUGUGGAGGGCUGGGGAUCCUGUGCUGGAGGAUGGAUGUGCUGCUUGGGCUCCAGGCUUGUGGAAAAGAGUUGGGAGCAUCUCCUGGCUAAUGAGCGCAUGGUCCUCGCCCUUUUCCGUCGGCCUCGCAGGGGCCUCGGGCUCCCCUGGUGGACAUGGUGGUGGGAGGAGAAUCAGCUUCAGUUUUGAGGAGCCAAAUCCCUUCAUGCUUGUGCUGGGGCAGGUGGGGAGACGGGGGGAUCCCUGCUGCGUGCCGGCAGCUUCUGCGGAAGAGUGUUUGUCUUGUUUGUCACCGCCAGCAUCCAUCUGCUCCCCAAACCUUUCCCCGUGAACUCCCACAGCUUCCCCUGGCAUUUAAUCACCCCCUCUCCACCUGUGUGGAUUUGGGGCUCAGAAAGCUUCACUGCUUGUUUGUGUCGAUGUGUGUCACAGCCCAAGGGUUGUCCUGGUGCCAGGUCGAGCUCUGCGGUGUCCCCACUCCCUGGGGACCACGGUCUGUGCCACAGGGGCUGCUCCCCAGCAGCUUUGGGGACAGCCACCCCACUGGGGACCUUCAGGCACUGUGUGAGCAAGGCGCAGCAUGCAAGAUGGGGAGAAGCUGGGCUGUGACCCCAGGGUGGCGUGAUGACACCGGUGGCAUCCCAGCAGUGACACGCCUGCUGGUGGCAGCUCCCAGCCCCUGCACCCAGUGCUGCCCCUGCCCUGCUUGCAGGAAUCUCGUCCGGCUGGUUUUGGUCUGGGCACGGCCAAAUCCUGCACAGGGUCAGCAAUUAGCACUCGGAGCUAAUUGCUGCACAGCAAUAGCUCAUCCAGCGAUUAGCGCUUGGGGAGCUGCUCACCCUGGUUUGGUUCCCACAAUAAGCAGCUGCCAGUCCAGAAACCAGCUUGUUCCUGGGACGGGGCGAAGGCUUCGCUCGGCGUGUCCCAGCAUUUUGGAAGAGCUGGGAAAGGAGCCUGGUGAAGUGAGGAGGUGGCCGGGAGCGUUUCCCAGCGGCUGCGACUCCCCUUUGGCUCUCAGCGUGCUGGCACGGCCGCCUGCGUCAGCCCCGCCGUGGGGGACGCGAACCCUUUGCCGGAGCGUGACAUUCCGCAGGAAGAAGAUGAUGUGAAUGGGCUGUAAGAACCAGACGGGAUGGACGGAGAGCUGCCCUGUGCUGGCGUGGACGGAGAAGUGUCCUCUGCCACGGAGGAUCGGGAAGGAGAGAUGCCCUGUGCAGAGAGCGAGGCUGAAGGGGACGUGCCCUGUGCCGAGAGCGAUGCAGAAGGAGAAACACCACGUGCUGAGACCAACACGAAGGAAGAGGCACCUUGUGCUGAGAGCAGCGUGGAAGGAGAGCUGCCCGGCACGGACAGCGAUGGGGAAGGGGAGAUACCCUGUGCUGGGGGCGAUGCAAAAGGAGAGGCAUCUUGCUAUGAAAGUGAUGGAGAAGAAGUGCCAGAUACUGAAAUCCCUGCUGCUCCAAAGAAAAUGUCUUCUAUUUCUUCUCCCUUGCGGGCAAUCAUCCGCCUGCGACGACGAUACCGGGGGCAAAAGAAAAGCCGUCUGCAUUUAGAGCUCCCGCGAGAAAAAUCUCCAGAAUUUGGCCAUACAAGGCUGCUUCAAAGGCAGCUUUCCCUGAACCGAACUGGCCUGUAUGGCUCUUCCAUGUCCUUCUUCAAUCGGACCAGCUUCGAAACGUCGCAGUACUUCACCUUUGACACGUCCGUGGAGCAGCACGCUAUGAAAAAAUGCAGGCGGAAAAAAAAUCGAAGGAAAUCUAGAAUAGUCCUGUAUCCAGACAAAACAAAAAGAUACCUCCCGACAGAGGAGAAGAGCAAGGCCAAACGCUGCCUUCUCUUGCUCAUCGUCAUUAUCUUCUUCCAGAUUCUCAAUGCGAUAGAGAACCUGGAUGACAACCUCCAAAAAUACGACCUAGAUGGUUUGGAGAAAACAAUGCACCGGGAAGUAUUUGGGCAGAAGCUCGCUGUGGAAAGUAUGAUGGAAUUACUGAAAGACUAUCUGGCUACCCACAUACACAACAAGCCUCUAGUAAUCUCUUUAAAUGGCCCGACAGGAGUUGGGAAGAGUCAUGUUGGCUGGCUGCUGGCCAAACAUUUUCGUUCUGUCAUGGACAAUGAUUUUGUGCUUCAGUACUUUGUUAUGCACCACUGCCCCGACGGGGUUGCUCCUCUUACUUGUGAAAUAGAUUUGUCUGAGAAGAUUUCUGACAUGGUUACACGAGCUGAAGUAGAAGAGAAAAUACCAUUGUUUAUUCUGGAUGAGGUUGAACUUAUGUCUCCAGUCCUGCUGGAUACCCUCAGCCGCUUCUUUGAACCCAAUCAAACCAAUGAGUUCCUCAAUGCCAUCUACAUUUUAAUAAGCAACAUAGGAGGCGGUGAAAUAACCAAGUUUGUUAUCCAGAAUGCGUCCGCUGAGCUUCUGCAUCAGCAAAGUGGAGUUGAGGAACUGCUGAGUAUCGUCCAGCCCGUCCUGAUCGGUGUCCACCCUCUCUGGAAAUCUGCAGACAUCGUCCCAUUUGUUCUUCUGGAGAAGAGCCAUGUCAUAAACUGCUUCCUGGAGGAGAUGCGGAGGGAAGGGCUGUAUCCCGACCAGAAGCAUAUUGAAAAUUUAGCAAGUCAACUCAGUUACUACACUACAGGGGACAAGCAGUACUCCAGGAUGGGCUGCAAGCAGGUGGUGGCCAAAGUCAACCUGCUGUAGUCAUUUACUGAGGAGACUAAGUCCUGUUCUUGGGAUUUGCACAAUUCUGGGUUUAUGGAGGAAUAUUGUGACCAAGGUGUCCUUUCUCAGGCCUGCGCCAAUGCCGUCCUGGUCGAGGUAGCAGGAUGGCAGCCCGAACUCCUCUGUAACACAGUCUCUGUUCUCCUCCAGAUGCCUCACUUAUUCCUAAUGUUCUGUGAAUAAAGCACAGGCAACAAAGCCCAAGCAACCUCCCAUUAAUUGUGAGAUGUUUUGUUGCUCACACGCUCAUUUGGGGUACUUGGUCAUUAAGGAGUUGUGAGAUGAGAACAGACGCUGUGGGUCAUACACAGGAGGAAGCGGUCACCGGGUUGCUGUCCCUGCAGCACAUGGGGCUGGGUCUUGCUCCUUCUCCAGGCUCACGGUCUCCAGCUCUUUGCUCGUCUUGGUCCUGGCUGGGGCUGUGCAGAGCAGAGGCCGUGCUGGACACCUGGCCGAACCGCAAGAAUUUGUGGCUCCUUGCUCCCCAAACGCGUGGGCAGGCAGAGCUUGGCUUUCUCCAGCUCCUACAUGACCGCGCGCUCCAGAGAUCGCUUUUUGGACCCAUUCCUGAGCUGUUGCUCUUCUGAGCUCAUACCUGAGCUCACCUUUGGCACCUCCAGCGCGAUUUGUGCCCUGUGCGUCUGUUUGGGCUCGCCCCGAAGGCUGCUCGGCUGUGCCAGUCGCUGCAGAAAUAACCGCCAGGUUGAUUCAGGUCUGGUGGUGGCAAAUCAUCCUGCUUUUUGCUUCUGGGCACAUCUCACCACACUCAUUAUCUAGAAAGCCCAAAAUAGCAACUGACAUAUAUAUUAAGCAACACACACACUGGAAAAGACAGUUUGGGCUGUCUGGGCCGAGAUCAGUGGGAAUCCUGGGCUCGUUCCCAGCCCUGCGAGGCCAAGAGGUUCUUCGCCAUUGGGACCCAGGGGAGAAUGUGCUGCCUAGAAGCACCUCAGGAAAAGCAAAUGUCCGUGUUCUGAGCAGGCAAACUGGGCAGGUUUUUAUGGCAUUGCUUUUUCAGGUUUUGGUUUUGUACCUAAAUCCCCUUCUACGAUUUGCUGUGAAUUAUCAUAUACUUAAUCCUGUGGAUGUUUGCACUGGUGGUUUGAUUUGCCUCUUUCUAAUUAUUCGUCUCCAAAAACUUCUGUCACAACCUCCUGCUUCCAGAGCUAUCAUCAGGAAUAAAUCCAAACUAUCCUGAAUAAAAGAAUUGAAAGUACA